CCCUGCCUCCUCCCCUCGCUGUUGCCGACGUGGCGGGGCGGGGAAGGGGAAGGAGCAGGGGGCGCGCCGGCCGGGGGACUGCGGAGCGAAUUGAAAAUGUCUGAAGACAUACGUGAUGGCAUCCCAUCUGAAGAAAAACCUGAAGUAGUGGAAAUGCCCAGCAAUGAGGUAUUGCCUCAUGAGUCAGUACCACACCUCAUGGAAGCUGAGAUCUUGCACGAGUCUUCACAAGAUGAACGUGGACAGGCCACUGAGAGUGCCAGGAAUGGACAGGAAGGAGACAUAUUUAUUAAUGAAAACCCUUUGACUGAAAAAAUAAUUGAAACUCUGGCUGCCAGUGGAGAGGUGACCGAAGACAUGCCCACUGAGUGCAAUGAGACCGUAAGCCUUGAUGCAGAGCCUGAAUCUGAGGAAACACUGAAUGAACAAAGCAGUCCAGCUACAGACUCCUCAUCUAAAGCAAGCAGAUGGGGAGCUUGGGGUUCCUGGGGAAAGUCUCUCCUGUCAUCAGCUUCUGCCACAGUAGGUCAUGGAAUAACAGCAGUAAAGGAAAAAGCAGGAACUACCCUAGGGAUUCAUAAUGCAAGUUCAUCAUCUUCGGAAACAGCAGACCCUCCUACAGCUGAAACACCAAUUAUACAAGCAGAAGAUUCUCUGGACCAAAGCUCUCCUGAGAAUAUUCCUUCUUCUCCUUCAUCUGGAUCUCGUGGCAUGUUGUCAGCUAUCACUAAUGCUGUACAAAACACAGGGAAAAGUGUAUUAUCUGGAGGCUUAGACGCUUUGGAAUUUAUUGGGAAGAAAACCAUGACUGUCCUUGCAGAAAGCGAUCCUGGAUUUAAGAGAACCAAAACCCUGAUGGAACGAACAGUUUCUCUAUCUCAGCUGUUGCGAGAAGCUAAAGAAAAAGAGAAACAGAGGCGGGCCCAGCAAGUUACAGUUGAAAGAACAGCACAUUAUGGACUACUUUUUGAUGAGUUCCAAGGUUUGUCUCAUCUUGAAGCUCUGGAAAUCCUGUCGAAUGAAAGUGAAGCCCAGAUUCAGUCAUAUUUAGCAACACUUGAUGGAGAGCAGUUGGAGACUGUGAAAAAUGAUUUAAUUGCUAUAAAGGAGAUUUUUGUUCCAAAGGAAUCAGAUGAUGAAGUGGUACAGGCACAGAAAGCAGAUAUGGGAGAAGAGUUUGUCAGCGUGCUCACUGAACUGCUGUUUGAAUUGCACGUUGCUGCUACUCCUGACAAACUUAACAAGGCUAGGAAAAAAGCUCAUGAAUGGCUUGAAGAAGCCAGUUUUUCCACCUCAGUAGACAUAGAAGAGACGCUAAAAGAAAAAUCUGAAGAACCUGGUGAAGAAAAGACUGAAAAAGAAGAUAAAAUUGGCAGUGAUAAACUAGAAUUAAAUAAAAACAAAACUGUGGAGGAAAUCUACAUGCUGUCCAUUGAAAGUCUGGCUGAGGUAACUGCUCGUUGUAUUGAACAGCUUCAUAAAGUAGCAGAAUUAAUUCUACAUGGGCAGGAAGUAGAAAAAACAGCUCAAGAUCAAGCAAAAGUACUGACAAAUUUAACAAGUGCCAUGUGCAAUGAAGUUUCAUGUUUAUCAAAGAAGUUUUCCGAUUCUUUAACAGCAGCUGGGAGCAGUAUGAAGGCAGAGGUUCUUAACCCCAUCAUCGACAGCGUGCUAUUAGAGGGUUGCAACAGCACUACUUAUAUUCAGGAUGCUUUCCAGCUAUUGCUUCCAGUGCUGCAAAUUUCACAUAUCCAGACCAGUUGUUUGAAAGCACAAGAGUGACAGUUUCCCAGCAGUUGUCACCAUGGGGCUUAACAGAAACCACAGACCUGAUGUCUUUGAUGUAUGCCGAUAGAAGAGAUGGUAUGAGAGGUGUCUGGCCACUUGGAGUCCUCUGAAGACACUAAACGCGGUUUUGCACAUACAGUAUUGAACAACAUUUUGAAACUCUUUCAGACUUUUAGACUUUAGAAGUAGUUAGUAACGUGAGUAAUUUCUUUUCCAUUAAACUAUAUCCUUUGCAUUAAUUUAAACUGAAGUUUAUUGAUGUUAGCAUUGACUUAAAUGCAGAUUCUAAAUGUUGACGCUUUCAGUUGUAGACGAUGUAUGAGGCAAAUUGGAACGUGAAGUUUUUUAAAACAUUUCAGCCCAAAUGACCAUUUCCGUUGUUUGCAUCCUGUCAGUUAAAAACAUAUAUUUCAAAAGUUGGUUCCAGUAUUCAGUUUUAGCCGAUGUGAACAAAUUAUCAUAGUAUUCUGCUUGUUAAAUACUUUUUACGGUAGCGAAUAAUAACAUCAUCAUAAUUUGUACCGCUUACAUAACACUUUGUGUUGAAAGAGUUGUACAGUAAUAGGCAUUAACUUUACUAAAUUAAAAUUAUGGAGGAUAUGCACACAGAAUUAUACUGAAGAGAAAUUUUCUGAGCCAGUUAAGAGUAUGGGUAAAGCUCUACAUUUGCUGACCCAUAAUUUUAUAUUCAUCUAUGUCUAUUUCUGACUUCCAACAGCUGAACAACAUUGCAGGCUAAAGUAAUCUUUUUAAUAUGCAAGGAAUAGAAAAUUUCCCUUUUCUUUGGCAAUUUAAACGCCCCCAAAAUAAUCUCCUCUCACGUGUGUUACAUGUGAGAGUUUUGGGGCAUAGAAAGGAAGUUGUGAAAAGAAGUUAUGAGAGAAUGGCUUUGGGUGGGGAGGUAGUAUGUCAGAGCAAUCGCCUUUUCUCUGAGGCAGUAGCUAGACAGAGCGUUAACUGAGCAGCAGGAAUGACGUUUCAUAAUAACACUAGCAACCGUGAUAAUCUGUCCAUAGCUUAAAAUCCUGAGCUGUGAACCUCAGCGUUUAUUUAGGCUAGUUUACCUCAUAGACAGGAAGAACCUUCCAAUAUUUUAUGUAGCCUGUUCUCCUGGAUUUUCAUUGUUUACUACGUUUCUUUACGCUAUUUUGUAUUUUUUCCCUCUCGAUACACUCAUGAAUUGUAUUUAAAUGCUUUUUUAAUUGUAGUUAACAUCUGAAUAUGUUUAAUCAUAGAAGCAUAGUUCAUACAUCAUAAAAAUAAUGAAAGAGAGCAUGAAGAAAUACCAUUUUUGUUAGAAAAGAGAAACCAUGCAUCUGCUUUGCACAUGGUAACUUUUAUGAGUCCAGACAA